AGGAAGCCAGCAAAAACUCUUCCACUGGCUUUGCUGAGGCAUUGCACAAGGGAGAGAUUCGUUAAGCCUGAGGAAGAGGAAACUGCUGGGUUUGGGGGACAGACUCCGGUCCCCUGACUGUCUCCUCUUCAGUAGUAAGAUGGACUUGCAGGGAAAGGACUCUGUCAAAUCCUGAAGUCUUUGAGGGGGUACCUCACCAGGCAGACACAUGGAGCCAGAGGAGACUGGUGGUUCAGUUUAUCAGCUGUUGGAUGAGUCACACCAUGUUCAAAGAGGAGUACUGCAAGCCCUCGGGGCCAUCCAGAUCCUUAAUGGACUACUGAUCCUAGCUCUGGGUAUUUUUCUGGUUUGUUUACACCACUUGUUCCACCACUUCAGGCAUUUCUUUUUCUUCACCUUCUAUACAGGGUACCCACUCUGGGGUGCUGUGUUUUUUAUCAGCUCAGGAUCCUUGACUGUUGCAGCAGGGAGAAACCCCACAAGAAUGCUGAUGCAAAACAGUUUUGGAAUGAACAUUGCCAGUACAACAAUUGCAUUUGUUGGGACUGCUUUCCUUUCUGUACAUUUGGCACUCAAUACCCAGGCUUUAAAGGGUUGCCAGUCUUCGCCAUCACCUGAUGUAUGCAUUUUCCUGGGUUCCUCAUCAAAUGGCCUGGUGUCUUUAAAGCUGAUUCUCACCCUGCUGGAGCUGGCCAUGACCAUUUCUAUCUCAGCCAUGUGGUGCCUAGGAAAUGUUUGUGGUUCAAGAGAGGCAAUUACUUCACCUCCUAAUUCUAUGGAAUCAGGAAUGCCUCCUGAAGGAAGCGAUUCUGAGAACCUGAACACUCAGCCUCCAACCACCGAAGAGUGAGAACUGCAUCUGCGAACUCAGCAGAGCAUGAACAGAUGGAACACAAUCUUUCCUUGUGGAAAUGGAAAUGUCCACGAGGACGCUGGCAUCUGUUCCAAUCUUUUCCCUGCCUCUCUGUAAAUCCACUAGCAUGGUCUAGAUCUGGACGAAUAAAUAUAUUUCUUUAGAUG